CUUCUUUUCUCAUCUUUAAAAUACACCGAAAUUUAACAAUUCAUAUUCUAUAUUUCCAUUCAAAAAGAAAAAUCAUAUUCUAUUUUCUUAGUUUACUGAAACAAGCCAAACACGUCUUUAGAUAACUAACAAUCUCCUUUACCUUAACCAACACUACACUUCAUAAUCUGUUUAACACAAAUCUUGAAAUUGUUCAAAGAAAAUACAAAGAUCUCAAAUCCUAACAUGAAGUUCAUAUUACUUUUAUUGUUCCUAGUAAUCAUUUCAGGUGUUCAAGCAAUAUCUAAUCAAGAUUUCAAUAUGAAUUUCACUUCUGAAGAUACAAGCAUGAAUCAAAGCUAUGAGCAACCACAUGAGCUUAAUGGGAACUUGGAUGGAAAAGGAAACCUAGAAGUCUCUACAAGGUUGAAUCACAAAGUUGUGCUUAUGGAAAAUAAUAAUGAGAACAAACAUGAACUAUCUGUUACUAUAAGAAGAGGAGGAGGAGGGAGGGGAGGAGGAGGAAAGGGAGGGGGAGGAAGUGGAAGGGGAGGAGGAAGAGGCAGAGCAGCGGGCGGAGGAGCGGCUGCUGGAAUUAUCGGUGCUGGAGUUAUUGGCGGUUCAACCUAUCGCGGGACUCAUCACUCAAACAGUUCUGCAACUUUGUUAUCUGCAGGGCCUCAUGUUUGUGUCUCAACACUUAUUUUAUGUUUGAGUUUUUGGCUUUAAUCACGUUGUUUCACUUCCACUAGUUAAGUAUUUUGUGUUGAUUUUGUUUAGAACAAUAGCAAUCUUUUCUUUAUUACUACUAAAUAUAUAUUUUGGCCACAAUUAAGAACAUGUUUGCUUGUUGAUUA